CCGGUCUCACUCUACUCGAUUGCCAUACCUAAUCCUUUGUCAACUCCCGCGCCACUGCAGACUUGAACAAAGCAUCCAUUGCCGGAGCAGCGGGAACAGCAUGAACUGCUACGGAUACACACUGUUCGAAAUGAAGAAUGCGAGGGACCAGACGUCAGAGAAACCAACCCGAUUUCAGUCAAAGCAUGUGAAACGCGGGGGCAGCUUCUCGACGAUCCGCGAUUCAAUGGCGGACGAUCCGACCGGCCUGCCACGGGCAAGACGGCUAGACCCUUCCCAUGCUGUAAGCUUCUGGCGCCGCAGACAGGCUCACCCUGCGUGGCGCUUUGAGAAGGGCCAAAGUAUGUCACGAGUGCCAGCCACUCGGAUGCGCACACAGGUUAGCAGUGAUCUGAAGGUGGCCAUAGUAAACGCAGUGGUGCAGUGCAAUCCUCUCUGCGGCCGGACGAGAAAUCGUUGGCCUGGCGACGGGACACCAAGGAAACAGACACAAGCCACGGCAGCGACUGCGCCGUGUGUCAGUAGCAAGCUAAAAGCCGUCCAAGUUGGAGACAAGUAUCUGAUGUGCCCGAACACGUCAAGUUUCGAGGUUGGUCAAAUAAUACUAGACGAAUCUGAAAUGGGGCGGAAGGUCUCAAGUAAGGGGUUUAGUAAGGAAUAAGGAUGCAGGUGGUUGAUGGGUCUAUAUUCUUCAUUACGUCGUUCUUCUGGUCUCCUCGAAAUCGAACUAGACGCUCGUCUGAUCUAGCAUCUGGUAUCUCUAGCCACUAGAGCUUCAGUCCUAGUACUCAACAU